UCUUCGUGGCACCUUCGAUGGCCGCCCUCGGGAAAGCGUUGCUCGCCACGCUGGUGGUCGCUCUUGCAGUUUUUAUUGGACACCGACUUCUCAAACUCAAGGAGAUGUCGCUUACCUCAAGAGAAGUGACGAACAAGCACCUCAAGUGUCGACACCUGGAGAACAUAGAAUGUGGAUCAGAGGACAUCACGAUCAUGAAGGAUGGAAUGGCCUUCAUCAGCGCAGGACUCAAAUAUCCAGGCAUGCCUUCAUUCUCAGACGAACCAGGCAAGAUCUACAUGAUGGACCUGCUUCACCCGAAACCCACCCCAGUGGAGCUCCAGAUUAAAGGAGAGCUGGACCUCAGCACCUUCAACCCUCAUGGAAUCAGCCUUUACACCGACCCAACAGAUGACUCGGUGUACCUGCUGGUUGUCAACCAUCCUCAGGAGGACAGCCACAUAGAGAUAUUUCGUUUUGUGGAGGGCAACACUCUCCUGCACCUGAAGACCAUCACCCAUCCCCUACUUCACAGCGUCAAUGACAUCGUGGCAGUGGGCGUGGACAGCUUCUACGCCACCAACGAUCACUCCACUCCCAUCAAAGCGCUUCAUUAUCUGUUAGUCUUUCUGGGUCUGCCCGGGUGUGACGUGGUGUACUACAGCCCAGGGGACGUGAGGGUCACAGCCGCUGGCUUCGGCUCCGCCAACGGCAUCAACAUUUCGCCAGACAGAAGGUACAUUUAUGUGUCGGACAUUUUGGACCAUGAGGUUGAUGUUUUCGAAAGGAAAGACGGGGAGCAGCUGCAGUAUGUCAAGUCAGUGAACGUGGGGAGCCUCUGCGAUAACAUCGAGGUGGACCCGGAGUCUGGUGACGUCUGGCUGGGGUGUCACCCAAAUGCCAGUAAGCUGAUGUCAUUCAACCCCGAAGACCCGCCUGGGUCAGAGGUGGUCCGGGUGAAAGCCAUUCUCUCCCGGCAGCCUCAGGUGACCCAGGUGUACGCCGACGACGGGCGGCAGCUCAUGGCGUCUUCUGUGGCGGCCGUGUUUGAGGGAAAACUGCUCAUCGGUUCAGUUUUCCAGAAAGCCCUUUACUGUGAUUUAGAGUGAGAGAACUAUCGUUCUAAUAAAUACAUGGA